GGCCAGGGACACCUCCGCAGCUGCUAGGCAGUUCACACACUCGCACUUUUCCCCACGCGCGAUCGGCGUCGGCCACAUCAAUCUGAGCACAAAAACGCGUCAGCCUCAGCCGCAGGUCAGGUCAGCUACCGCCGAUUCGCCGGGGCUGGUCUGGUCGUGCCGGCGGCGACGGGGAUGGAGCCCCUGGAGGCCGCCAUAGCGGUCAUCUUCAACGCGCUGCUGCUGGUGUUCAUGGUGAAGCUCUUCUUCGCCAUGUUCCAGAUGAAGCUCGUCGUCAUACUCUUCUACCUCGUCGUCGUCCUCUUCGCCAUGGCCUUCUCCGGCCGGGGGCCCGGUGGCUUCUAGCUAGCUGCUAGGAAGGUCAGUGGUUAGGUGCCCAUCUUUUCUUUUCGGUUUUGGUUCUUUGGGGCUGCCCGGAAUCCCGGAUAGGUGAAGCUGUGUACAGUGGCUUCAUCUCUGAGAGAAGAGAAUAGAUCAUCUCGGUGCAUGUUUUGGUUUAACCAAGGGGGAGCUAUAGAGUCCAAGGUGCAAAUUGUGUAAACUUGGUGAAAGAUAAACUAUGAGAUUUAGGUGCAGAUUGUGUGAACUCUUGCCUGAGAGGUUCUUCUAUUGUUCGGUACAAUUUACAUGUGUAUUCGCCAUGUUGAAAUCCGGGUUGUUCAUUCUCGUAGUAGAUGAUUGGUAAAGAUAAAUAUUCAUUCCUGUGGGCAAAAAAACAUGGACAGGGUUGCA